AGAAAAUAGACAGAUCAUCAACCUUGGUUCCUCGAGAUCUGUCCCUUCGCCUGUGCACACAUUCACCCCAGCAUGCCCGCCCCGUGAUAUGGUCAUCUAUAAUACCACUCCGUGCCCCGUUGUUCCUCCGCCACACGCCUGACCCGCCUCGAAUCGUCCCGUCCAGCGAAUCCACCGCAACAUCCCCGCGCCGCGACCAUGUCCGACUUCGCCGGGUACCACGCCAUGGGCACUGGCUCUCCAAAUCCUCCGAAUGCAAACGGCAGGCAAGACGAGCCCAACACGUGGCGCCCGCCAGUCGCUGCGAGCCCUGCUGGCUACCAACAGACGGGAAGCCCAGCAAUGGCUCCACCCCCGAAUCAGUACGCCGGCACGCCAGCGCAAUACGGCACGCCAGUCCAGCAGGAAAGUUACUUUCCGGAUCAGACGGCUCUGCAGGGCCAACAGCAGUAUCAGGGCGACCAAGAUGUGAACAACCUCGCGGGGCAGAUGGGAGCAGUCGGAUUGGGCGUGGAUCAAGCAGCACAGCCUAAGAAUAAGAAGAAGAACAGACAUGCAUAUCAUAAUCUCGAGGGGCCUGGAGGGAAUUCACAACCAUUUGCUGGCUCGCCGCAGAAUGGUAUGCCGUCACAGUUCCUAAACCAGAACUCGCCGCAAGUUGGAGGAGCGCAAUGGAUGGAGCCCCAGAUUACCCCCGCUAUGAGCCAGUUUCCCGCGCCCGUGAAUCCCAUCUUCUCUCCUGGAGCGCAAGCUUCGCCCAUGCAAUAUGCUGCGAGAACGCCAGCACCACCACACCAGACGGGAGGAGCGGCGGUCGGAUCAGCUCAAGGACGUGUAGACCCCGAGCAGAUACCUAGCAUACCGAAGUCGCGAGAUGCGCCAGCAAGAUACUACCUAGAAAAUGUUUACCCAACCAUGGAGCACCACCUGCCGCCUCCCGCCACGGUCCCCUUCGUUGCCUUUGACCAGGGCAAUUCUUCACCUAAGUUUGCCCGAUUGACGAUGAACAACAUUCCACUUACUGCGCAAGCCCUCUCUGCGACCUCGUUACCGCUUGGCAUGAUACUACAACCGCUGGCUCCUCAACAAGAAGGAGAGCAAUCUAUACCUGUACUGGACUUUGGUGAGACGGGGCCACCAAGGUGUGCAAGAUGUCGAGCAUACAUCAAUCCCUUCAUGCAGUUCAAGGCUGGUGGAAACAAGGUCGUGUGUAACUUGUGUACCUACCCGGGAGACGUUCCUGGUGAAUACUUUGCGCCUACAGAUCAAUCUGGCGUCCGGAUAGACAGAUUACAGCGUCCAGAGCUCACUCUAGGCACUGUCGACUUCCUGGUCCCCAAGGAAUACUGGUCGAAGGAGCCCGUCGGGUUACGGUGGUUGUUCCUGGUCGACGUGACUGCGGAGGCUGUAAACCGUGGCUUCCUUCAUGGGUUCUGUGAGGGCAUCAUGAAAGCACUUUAUGGCGAGUCAGGAGCUGAAGGAGAGGAAAGCGAAACUGCGACUCGCAUACCAAAGGGCGCCAAGGUCGGCAUCGUGACGUUUGAUAAGGAGAUGCACUUCUACAACCUCAAUGCCAGUUUGUCGAGUGCUCAAAUGCUGGUCAUGUCCGAUCUCGAGGAUCCCUUCUUGCCAUUCAGCGAAGGCUUGUUCGUCGAUCCUGUGGAGUCCAAGACUGUCAUUACAUCACUUCUCGCACAGUUACCCAACAUGUUCUCCGAAGUCAAGAAUCCUGAACCGGCCCUGCUUCCCACUCUAAACUCUGCCGUAGCAGCCUUGUCAGCCACAGGUGGAAAGAUAGUGUGCUCUUUGGCUGCACUUCCUACUUGGGGUCCUGGUCGACUGAUGCUACGUGAUGACGGCAACGCAUCAAACACUGAUGCCGAGAAGAAACUUCUCCAGACCGAACAUCCUGGUUUCAAGAAGGUUGCCGAGAAGAUGGUGCAAAACGGCAUUGGUGUGGAUUUCUUCCUUGCAGCACCAAGCGGAGGCUACCUUGACAUUGCAACAAUUGGUCACGUUUCCGCUGCAACAGGUGGAGAGGUGUUCUACUACCCCAACUUCCAUUCACCAAGGGAUACGCUCAAGCUGUCCAAGGAGAUUCAGCACACAGUCACACGAGAAACCGGAUAUCAAGCGCUGAUGAAGGUUCGCUGCUCGAAUGGCCUGCAGGUCUCUGCCUAUCACGGAAACUUCUACCACCACACUUUUGGCGCCGAUCUAGAGUUUGGAGUCAUCGACGCUGAUAAGGCUAUCGGCGUUAUGUUCAGCUACGAUGGCAAACUAGAUCCCAAGCUUGAUGCGCACUUCCAGAGCGCGCUCCUAUAUACGGCUGCGAACGGUGAGCGACGAGUACGGUGCACCAACAUCGUGGCUAGUGUCAGCCCAAACACUGGUGAAUGCAUGAAGUUCGUCGACCAGGAUGCUGUGGUGAACAUCAUCGCCAAGGAAGCUGCUGCUCGCAUGACCGAGAAGAAUCUUAAGGAGAUCCGGGGAGCGCUGACGGAAAAGACUGUCGACAUUCUUGCGGGCUACAGGAAGAACUUCACUGGCAACAACCCACCAGGCCAGCUUGUGCUACCGGAGAACCUGAAAGAAUUCGGCAUGUACAUCCUUGGACUGAUCAAAUCGAGAGCCUUCAAGGGAGGCAAGGAGCCCACCGACCGGAGAGUCCAUGACAUGCGGAUGAUCAAGUCGAUGGGACCGUUGGAGAUGUCAUUAUAUCUCUACCCUCGAAUUAUUGCAAUCCAUAACCUCGAUGCGCGUGAUGGCUUCGCAAACGAAAAGGGCCAUCUUGUCAUGCCCGAAAGCAUACGUGCAUCAUUCUCCAAGGUUGAAGAAGGCGGCGCAUACAUUGUAGACAACGGUCAAAUAUGCCUACUAUGGCUACACACGCAAGUCUCACCCAACCUGCUAGAAGACCUCUUCGGCGAAGGCAACAAUAGCUUGAAAGCGCUCGAUCCCUUCCAAUCCACUCUCCCUGUUCUCGAGACGCACCUCAAUGCUCAAGUACGGAAUAUCUUGCAAUACCUAGAAGGUACAAGAGCCUCCAAGGCGCUCACAAUACAACUCGCACGACAAGGUCUUGACGGUGCAGAGUAUGAGUUUGCAAGGUUGUUGUACGAGGAUCGAAACAAUGAGGCGCAGAGCUAUGUUGACUGGCUUGUGCAUGUCCACAGGCAUAUACAACUAGAGCUCGCAGGACAGCGCAAGAAGGAAGACUCAGGUGACGGUGUUGGUUCGACGUUCGUGGGUCUGCGAACGCCAUACUGGGGUUAGAGAAGCAAAUUGGCGUCGAUGAUAGAGUGUGUAUUGCAUAGCGAAAGCGAGGAUUUGAUGAACAUUGUUAUAAAGGAAUGGCAAAUGCAUAUCCGAAGCACCAAACAAAAUUAUUCAGUUC